AUGAUGCUCUUUUGUUGUGGUCCUUUAUCCCGACAAAUUCCGUGUACAUUUGCAGGGGUAGUUGGGUCAAAGCCGUGUGAGCAACACGUUCUCCUCACAUCCUAUCGCUGGUGUACUUCGUUAAACUCAUCUGAUCUCUCUGCACGUUUGCUCGUGUUGAUGGAUUCUUUUGCAGAGGCGCGGGAACUUAUCGAAGAGGCAAAAGAAAGUAUAGGGAGCGUUUAUGCUUCAGAGGAUAUGCAGGAUGCAAAGGAACAAACCGAUAAAACAUUAGCUUUAUGGGAGGAAUUACAAAAAAAGUUGGAGGAAAUGGGGGAUAUGUCAACAUUAGAACGUUUAAGAAAGGAACAUAGUCUCAAAAUGGCACAACUCCGUGCAGAACUAGAGGAGGUUGAACAUGCACUGAAUGAAUAA